AUGGAAGAGAGCUGCAAAUAUUUUGCUUCUAUUGUUCUGCUGUUGGUAGAUGUGCAUGGAACCUGGGUACGAAAUUCCUGGGUACCAACCUGCCUAUGGCAACCUAGAAUUCUCCAGGGCAGGCUCGCAAAAUCUUCACCUACUCUCUGGGACAGUACUUUGCAAGAACAGAAGGGGGAAUUACGAAAGCGUCUAUCGUACACUACCCAUAAGCUGGAAAUGCUUGAAACGGAGUUUGAUUCUACACGUCAGUAUCUUGAAAUAGAAUUAAGGCGUGCUCAGGAGGAACUUGAAAAAGUAACAGAAAAACUGAGAAGGAUACAAAACAAUUAUCUAGCCUUACAAAGAAUUAAUCAGGAUCUGGAGGAUAAACUUUACAGAAUGGGUCAGCAUUACGAAGAGGAAAAACGGGCUUUGAGCCAUGAAAUAAUUGCAUUAAAUAACCACUUAAUAGAGGCCAAGGUGACAAUAGAUAAGUUGUCAGAAGACAAUGAGCUCUAUAGGAAGGACUGCAACUUAGCUGCUCAGUUGCUCCAGUGCAGCAAGAAUUACGACAGAGCACAUAAGCUUUCUGAGUUGCCAUCUGACUUUCAGGAAAGAGUCAUACUGGAAAAACCAGAUCCAAACAGCUUGUCUUCACACUUGUCAAGCCCAUCUACAAGGGAUCUCAAUUUUCAGGACUCUACUGGAAAACUUGGACAAAGGCCUCAGUACAAGUCAGACAUCUACUGCAGUGACACCGCUCUUUACUGCCCUGAGGAGAGGAGAAGGGAGAGGAGGCAGAGUGUGGACACGCAAGUGAAAGACGUGGGGUUCCUGAGGUCUCAGAACUCCACAGACAGCACUGUCGAAGAAGACGGUUUCCAUUCCAGCUUCUCUCACGAAGCUUUCCCAGAGUACAUUACCUCUCUGCCGACCUCCAGCUCCUAUUCCAGCUUCAGUGUCACAUCCGAGGAGAAGGAGAACGCCCAAGCCAAUACUCUGACAGCCUCUCAGCAAGCGAUCUACAUGAGCAACAGAGAUGAACUGUUUGAAAGAAAGUCACCCGCAGGUUACGAACAUCAGGGAAGUCCUAGGUUUGCCAAGUCCAAACCUGGGCAGCACAUGGAUCUUGCCGAUGACAAUGAAAACUCACCCACUUUUACUAGGACUCUGCCUUCGUAUGCAAACGAACCUUUUCAUUUCUCAGCCAUAACACCACAGCAGGCUUUAGCAAACCAGAAAAUGAGGAACGAGUGCAGGAGCACCCACCUUUCAGAAGAAGACUUGCCUGGGAGAUGGAGGCAACUGAGUGUGGAGGACAUUGGUGCAUACUCUUAUAGGAACACUGACAGGCUGUCACCCUGUAGUUUUUCAGAGCAGUACUACAGCAGCCCCAUUAAGAAGGGAGACAGUCGAACAAGCCCUAUCUAUGCUAGUUACAAAGCUGAUAGCUGCUCAGAGGGAGACGACAUCUGCCAAAGUAGACUUGUGGAUUCUUGCUUCCUGAGAACAGACAGUGGCCUGAAUAUUGACAUCAGCACUAGCUGUAAACAGGAAAAAUUGCCCACUUACAAAACAAAAGAAUCAAGAGACCAAAAAAAUGAAAGGAUCACCGUCCAGUUAUGCAGUAGCAAAGCCAUGGAAAAUAGCCCGGUAUUGAAGAGAGAGUACGUGGACGUGAGCCCCAACAGCUCCGCAGAGUCCCUCAAUCACAGUUCAGUGGAGGCUUCAGAAAUCCACCAGUCUUCCAUGGAGCAAGGAAGCCAUUCGGGUAUUCACAGCAAACAGCAGCAGUUUCAGCGGACUGGGAGUACUGGUUUGAGUCGGAAGGACAGUCUUACAAAAGCACAAUUAUACGGAACCCUUCUGAACUAG